UUUUUAUUUCGUAAUUUUGGCUUUUAUAAUUGUGUUUGAGUGUUAACGCGUACAUUACACAAGAAUGAGCAACCCAUCGACAUCGUCCCUUUCGGAAGCGGACCGUCGUCGGAUAGAGGCAAACCGGCAGCGAGCGGUGAGCCUUCGCCAAGCACGACUUACCGCGCACCCGUACGGGUCCGCCAGUGGCAAACCACGGCCACCGGAAACGGCCAUUGCCGUUAACAAUGUAAUCAAGGUAUCGGGAACGAAAUUCAUCGACAGUGGUGGCGGUUUCUUGAUUGAGCAGCGCACAUGUGUCGAUCCGUGCGAGGAAGAAACACCCAUCGAUGAGCGCGACGUUCCAACGGAUUCGGUUCCGGUUCCGAUCGAGUACGACGAGUGCUUGGAGUGUGGUGAUCGGUUUGCCGAUUCGUAUCUGCUGAAUACCUUUGAUUAUAAAGUUUGCGAUGCAUGUCGGGAUUCGGAUGGGAAACAUUCGCUGAUAACGCGGACCGAGGCUAAACAGGAGUACUUGCUGAAGGAUUGUGAUUUGGAUAAGCGGGAACCGAUUCUGAAGUAUAUUAGUCGGAAGAAUCCACAUAAUGUGCGUUGGGGGGAGAUGAAGCUGUAUCUUCAUAUUCAAAUUGAGAAACGUGCGCUGGAGGUUUGGGAAUCGGAGGAGAAUCUGAUUAAGGAGAAAGAACUGCGGGAUGAGAAACGAGAGAUCAGUAAGGUUAAGAAGUAUAAUAAACGACUUAAGGAGCUGCGAAUGGACGUUCGAAGUAGCUUGUACGAUAAGACGAUGCAGGCUCACGUGCAUUGCUGGGACGAGAACGAGCAGUAUAACGAGGAGGAGGACACUUACACGAGAACCUGCGAGACGUGCAACCACAAGGAAACAUACGAGAAAAUGUAGCAGUUUUUGUGGUUUCCAUCUGCUGAUUAUUACUAUUAUUUGUUAUCAAUCAAUCAGUGAACGUAGUUUGUAAGAUUAUCAUUAAAACAGAUAA